AUGCCAGAUCUUGAAGAAGCACACGCUUAUUUAAAAAGUGUUAGUCUCAAGGGUUAUAUGAACACUGUUCAAAAUUUUGACAAGAUAUGGAACCAAGAACACGACAGAGAUAACUAUCGACGUAUUAGAAUUAAAUUGCAACCUUGGAAAGAAGAUAAUUAUCUUGUCAAAAAUAGUAGAAUCCGUGAUACACGAAUGGGUAAGACGGAAUUUGUAAAUGACCUGCUUAAAGACUUAAAAGUGGAUGAAUUUAGAAGUCAUUUUAUGCUCAACAGACACAAUGAAAAUCAUAUUACAAUAAACAAUAAAAAUUCACAUGUAAAAGUGACAUCGAUUCCAACUAUUUUAGUUUUAAAUCCAGGAAGUUGGAAAGCUUUACCACGAACAACUAAAGAAUAUGAAGACUUCGAUUGGCUGGAGAAAAAUACAGUAGUGCUACAAACCAAAGAAAAGUUGUUUAUUGAACCACCACCUAAAGCAGAAGCAGUACAAGAUAAAAGUAAAUAUGAUAGAUUAGAUCCCAAACUAGUUGAAAUGUUUAUGGAGAACGAAGUUGAAGAAGAUGUUAGUUUAGAUGAUAUGGGAGAUGACACAAUAGAUGAUUUAAAUGAAAUAAUAGAAGAAUUAGAAGAAGAAAGUAUGCCUCCUCCGAUAGUACUUGAAGAGCCAAUGUCAGUUGAAGAAAACAGAGAGAAAAAGAAGUCUUUAAUAUUAUCUCUGUUAAAAGAGAAUAAUAAAGCAAUACUACCACCUAAAGAAUCAGAUGUUGAAUUAACUCAAAAAGCUAGAGAACUAGCAAAUAGGUGUUAUUGGUAUAGACCAAAUGUGUUAAAAAGAAAAUGGGGAAGUUAUAGAAGUAUUCAUAACAACCAAUACUAUGAUAAUUACAAUGAUUAUAUAUUCAAUAAAAUAAAUAACAUAUAUGAUCCAGAUAAUGGAGAAGAUUAUUACUUUGAAGAAGAUGAUGAUGUUGAUUUACAUCCAGAUAAUUAUACAGAUGGUACAUUCUAUAAACCAGAUAUCGAAAUAGAUACAACAGAUAGACUAGAAUUAAUUAAUCUUAUUGAUAUUGAUAAAACAAAGAAUUCAAUAAUUGAAGACGUAGAUGUAAAUAUGAAAAUGAAUCAAUUAGAUAUAUUUGAUGAUCCAAACAUAAAUGAAUAUAAGAAUGAGCAACUUAUAGACAUAGAAACAGAUGAUAACAUUGAUACCAAUGAUAAAGAGCUUCAAGAAGAAUUACCUUUAUAUGAAUUAAUUAGUCCAGAAGAUACUUCAGAUAUAUUAACCUAUACUAGUCCAGUUACAAAGAUAUUACAAAAAGCAGGAAUAGAUGCUUCAAACGAAGCUGAAAUGGCAAAACAAUUAUUAGAAAUAAGAGAUAUAAUAAGAGAAAAUAAUAGACAAAAUAUAGAUGAAUACAUAAAAGCACAAGAAGAAGGACUUAUCAUAAAUGGCUCAAUAAUUAAAGAAAAAAGUCUAUUGGACAUUAAAGAAGAUAAAAUCCCACAAAUACUUGAAGAAAUAAAAGAUAAAGCAAUGGAAGAAGAAAUAGAAAUACAUAAAGAUGAAAAAGAACCAGAUAGAAAUAUUAUACUACCUAAACCACCAAGAGAGAAUAGACAUUCCAUUAAAGAAUGGAUAGAUAAAAAAUAG